AUGAAGAUGAGGAUAUUACAUUUCCUUCUGCUGUGGAUUGCUGCAGUGUCGGCUGAGAGCAUGAAGCACGGACGGGCCAAGCGAAGUUCAGGCCCUACCCAGAUCACCGGAGUGGCCCCCCACGUCGGGAGUUUGAACGGCGGGACGAACAUCAAGAUCUUCGGACGAAACAUCCCGGUGGAUUUCAGCAUGACGUUCUCUGUGAUCCGUGUGAAGUUCCUGUCCGCUACCCACCAGUACACGUGCGACGUAGAGGAGACUUCCAUCAGCACGGGGCAGAUAGAGUGUUACACAAGGUAA